CGUAACAAGGCAGAUGAGUUUCGUUUGCUCUGUUUUUCUACAUGUGCCUGCUUCAUGUGCUUGUACCACUUGCGCAGUAUGUGGCGAGCCGGUUAGAUCCUUGCUCGCGGGAUCUCGUACGCAAACUGGCAGCUCGUGUAUUGGCUCCUUUAUGGGUGUUUGAAAUAACGAGAACACAGAGGGAGACAAUGAAAUCUCCCUACGCAUUCCACUUUCAUGUAAACCUCUAUUUUCACUGAGACUGCUGAGUUCAACUUGCAGCAAUUUACGCAAGACCCGCGUUGUGUCAUCUCUAGUUAACCAGUACCAUCACUUUGCAAUUCAAUCGUUACGUUGAGCUGGAGCCAGCGGCCAGGGCCGAGAGCGCGGGGCGGCAGAGAGCGGGGCAACGAGAUGCAGCAGCAGCAGGGCGGGGCGCCCGCGAGCGGGCGGCGCCAGACAGCGAUGCUGACAUGCCCCAAGUCGAUGGUUGGGCGCGUUAUUGGAAGGGAUGGCGACACAAUCAAGGCUCUACAGACGUUCACCGGUGCAUUGAUCCAGAUUGACCAGACAAGCGACCCCACAAAAAUCGCUAUCAGCGGCAAUCCCCACAGCCUUAACAUGGCGUUAUCAAUGGUCCAUGACAUCGUGCGUGGAACCUUCAAAGGCUUUGCCCUGCUGCGGCAGGCGACGGGGCACAGCAACCGCGGGCCACAGCCGCUGUCCAACAAGCCUGUCUACGCGCCAGGUUAUGGACUGGUGCCCCCUUCACAGCUGUACGGCGGAACCGGAGACAUCGCUUCGGCUCAGGUGGUGGGUCCGCCACCCGCUGCCGCCGCAGCCAUGGGUCUCAUAAGCACCACGCCCGUCGCCGCGGCGGCGGCGGGCGUCGUUGCCGGCGGCGGCGGGAUGCUGGCGGCUGGCGGCGGCGGGAUGGGUCAGCAGCAGGCAGCAGGGGGCGGCUACCCACAGCUCCUGAGCGCAGCUGGGCCGCCGCAAUUUAUGGUGCCGAUGCAGCCACUGCAGCCAAUGCAGAUGUCCACGACGCCGCUGCCGGGGCCAGUGUACAACGUUAUCUCGGCGCCUGGCUACUCGGGGCCUGUUUUCUUCAGCCCGAUGGAAUACGCCAACCUGACAGCGGCUGGUCUCGGGCCAGCAGGAGGCAACGGCGGCAGGCCAGCAGGAGGGACAGGUGUCAUCCAGCUGUCCAGCGGAUCCAAUCAGCACCAGCUGGGGCAGCACCCACAGCCGCCGCAGAUCCAGUACUAUGCCACCGGCGGCAUCGGCAUCGGCGGCGGAGGCAUGGGCAUGGGCGGCGGCGGCGGCGGCGGAUUAGGCGCCACGGCCACCUCCACAGCCGCCGCCGAUCAUUUCCUCUACGCAUCGGACCAGGGAGCCGCGUCAGCGUCGUCCCUCAUGGCGGCUGGCGGCGCCGGCGGCCGCCUCUUUCACGUCGCUGGCGGCGGUGCUGGCGGCGGUGCUGGCGGAAACCGUGGCGGCGGCGGCGGCGCCGCCGGGCCGUCAGCGGCGGCGGCUGGGGCAUCUGCGCUGGAGGCCGCUCAAGCCCUCCUUGCGGGCGGCGGGCACGCCGCUGGCGUGGACAUCUACGACUCGCCUGCAUCUGCUGCUGGCGUUGGCGUUGGCAUGAGCGGCGUUGGCGGCGGCGCAGGCGGCGCGGCAGGGACCUACAUGCUUGCGCCGCCUGACGCUUCUGCUCGAGGUGGCGGCGGCGGCGGUGGCGGCGGCGGGCAGCAGCAGUCGUACUAUGGAGGUGGCUAUGGUCUUGAGUAAUUAGAGUAAUGGGGGUAGUUGCUUGUGUGCGUGGGAAGUUGCUUGCGUGCUCGCUGGCUGGCUAGCUAGUGCGUGCAGGCGGCGGCAGUCUUGAAGUGAUUGCUGUUGGCUUACUUGCUGCUAGCUCCAUUUUCAGCGAGCGGUCGCGGCGGUUAGUUGGGAUGUCACGGCGGUGGGUCGGUGGAGUCUUAUUACUAAUGUGAGCCGGCUGGGCAGGUGGCUGUGUAUGUCGCGUGUGAGCGGCUACAUUACAAUGCCAUGCAAGCCCUUACCAUGCACGCAGCAAACUGUAUGUUGCAAGGCGGCUGCUGGUGUGCGGCUUGAUAUGUGGAAAACACCGUGAAGUAAUAAGCGGUGGUGGCGGCGGCGGACGAAAGCCGAUGUGCGAAGAACUGCUUGGAACAAUAGAUUUGUUGAUGAUAUGCGACGAGCACGCACGCAAGCACGUAUGGUACGUACGACCAUGAUGAGUCGGGGUUGCCAGGCAGGAGCAUCGUGCGUGCAUGUGGGUUUUGUUCUUGGGAUCAUGAAUGGGAGCUGGCGGCGGGAUGCGUGUCAGCUAUACGCUAGCCAGAUAGACACCGCACCUUUCUUGACGUACGUACGUUGUGUGGAGAUGAUGAACGGCUGGUUCGAUGAAGUGGAUGGUGCGCGCACGGGCAUACGACAGAUGCUAUGUCUUCUGCGUGGCUGAUGUUGCGCCAUGCAUGCGCCUACGGACCUGCGCUGCGUGGAUGCCUGCUAGGCAGCAUGCGGGCAUGUCCAUGUUCACAUGUACGUUUCAUUUCCUACCUGCUGCUAAUGAUGAUGAGCGAGCAUGCAUGCAUCCCAGGUGGUCAGCAGGUGGGGAUUACACCGGACGCGGCCGGUGCGUGUGCUUGUGCGCGGGCGAUGCUGCUGUGAUCAUAUCAGGUCAUCAGAAGCACGGCCGUCCACGGCACAAGUAGUGUGCGUGUGUAUGUGUACACGCACACACACACGGCCGUUGGGCGCUGGCUUGCAUGCACGCAUACAGCCGCUGUGGGAUGGAGGGUUGAGAGUGUGUCUGUCAUUGUUUCUCUCAAGGUUAUUGUUGAGCGCUCGCUCUGGCGAGCCUUCCGUGCCUAUCCCUACCCGCAUGAAGUUGAUUGAAAGAAGUAGUAGGGUAAUAAUGUGCUUUGUGUGUGUGUUCUCAUGCUCCAAUCAAUACGAUGAUGCUCACAAUCCAUUCAGCAUGCCUUGCAUUUCUGAUGUUUGUGCCUUGCCGAUGGCGCGCGAGCAAUCAAAGCACAGCGCACUUUGUUUUUAACGACCGCCUGUUCGAUUGGGCGAGUUGGGUGAGAGAGGGAGCUGCAUCAGCGGGUCUUGUGUGCAUGCGGGGUUAGUUGUGAAUGGGGAUGCACACUUGGGGUUGGCUGAAUUGAUGCUGCGGGGGUGGGAGGGGUGGGGGUUUCAAGAGUGCCUGCUACCCUGUCUGUAGACGACCGGACGGCGGCUUCACCUAGCGUGCUUGUUGAUUGGCGCUCGGGGCUUGCGGGGGGCUCGUACAUACAGGGUGUGGACGGUCAUGGAUGGAGGGUCAUCUUGGUAAUGUCGCCCGUAGGCGUGCCACAGCCCACCCAUGCUGAUGUUAAAUUGGGAUUUUGCUUGCAGGGGACGGAGGCAUGCAUGCGUUUGUAUGCCCUAAACCAAUCAAUCGAUCGUAGUAAAUGGCAAGCAAUAGCGGUGUAUGUGGAUGCUCAACAGGACUAUUGCGAGAGAUGCACAGUGCUGCUUGGGUGGCUUGAUUUGCUGCUGCACAGACGUAUGUACAUAUAAAGGAG